AUGUCAUUAUCGGGUUAUGUUGCUCAUAAGUUAAGUAAGAAUAAACCGGAAAAUGGAUCUGAUAUUGGUUGGGAGUAUGGAAUUGAUGUUGAUAGCAAUUCUAAGAAAGUAAAAUGCAAAUUUUGCCCUAAAAUAUUCUCGGGUGGAAAAUAUUGUUUCAAACAUCAUUUAGCUUGUACACACAAAGAUGUUGAGCCUUGUAUUAGUGUUCCUGAUGAUGUGAAAUUAAAGAUUAGAGAUUUUUUAUCGAAAAAUGAUGAGGCAAAACAAAGAAAAAGACAAAAAGAUAUUUAUGAGAAUGAAGAUGAUAAAGGAGAGGAUAUGCAAAUUGUUUCAAAAUAUUUUGACAAAGCACUUGAGAUGGUUGCUAGACAUGGUCUAGGAUUUAAGCCACCUACUUAUCAUGAAGUACGAGUGAAAUAUCUAAAGAAAGAGGUGGAACUAACACACGAGUUGCUGAGAGAUUUUAAGAUAGAAUGGAGAAAACAGAUGCAAUUUGUAGAAGAAGUUGGAGAAGAGAAUGUUGUUCAAAUAGUUAGGGACUAUGAUGCUAAUUACAAAUUAGCUAGUGAAUUGUUGAUGGAAAAAAGAAAAAUGUUAUAUUGGACUCCUUGUGCUUCUCAUUGUAUUGAUCUCAUAUUAGAAGAUUUUGAGAAAAAGAUACAUGUCCAUACCUUGACAAUUGAGAAUGCCAAAAGCAUAACAAGUUCAUCUGGAUGUGAACGGAAUUGGAGUGCAUUUGAAAUGUUAAAUGACAAACAAGUAUUAAAAAAAUACGUUGAAGAUGUUUUUUCUGAUGAUGAAUGGAUAACUGAAGAAAAUGAUACGUAUAAUUCAUCGUCAUCUCAAAAACGUUUAUUUAUAGAGAGUAUUGAAUGCAGAGAAAACGAAGAAGAAAUAUGCGAGGAAGAUGGUGAAAAAGAAGGAGUAGAAAGAGAUGAUGGUGAUGAAGUUGAUGAUGCUAUAGAUGAUUUAGACAAUUUUGAUAUUAGCAUUGAGACAAAUAUUGAUGAUUUAAUUUCUUGA